GGAGCAAGAUGAGGGGGUGCAGAGUUAAUACAAGAGCACUAAAGCCUGUUAUGAGAUCCAGAAGCUAGAACAAAGCUGACAAGUCAUGUCUAUCUCUACCCCUUGCAAAGGAACUUAGAGCACGACUCAUUCCAUUGUCCCAGGACUCCAGACGACUUUUAGCAGAAAGGCUGUCAGGGCACACCAUGCAUAAUAAUAGCAGGCUGCCAAAAGGGAGCCUAGAAAAUAGAGGUGCCCUGAUGCCUCAUAUUGGCACAGAUAAAAGGAAAAUUGACAUUAUUGGCAAUCAGCUUUUUGCGGCUGAUGUGGCCGAUAAUUUCGCCAAUGAAUGCUGCAUGCAUGCGCACAGCACACAGGCGGCCAGGAGUGCAGCUCAACAGCGUGGCGAGCAGCAUCCAGCUGUACAGUGCUCCUUUACUUUUGCAGAAAACCCCUGGACCAGGAGUCAGUCCAGCUUCUUCCACUCCGGAGUCCUGUCCUACAGUGCUCCACAUGAGUACUAAUGCUGCCUUUGGUCGGUGCCAACGGAAUGACCGGACUGUGCACAAGCCCAUUACUGGAGGAUUGCUUCCCUCCAAGUCCAUUACAAUCAAGGGGAACGUUCUUUCCAACAGCAACAGGUUCCACAUUAACUUGAAGUCCGGCAAUGACAUUGCAUUCCACCUGAACCCAAGAUUUGAUGAGAACGUCAUUGUCCGAAACUCAUUUGUGCAUCAGACCUGGGGGACGGAGGAGCGUGAUAUGCCGGGCACAAUGCCACUCGCACAGGGACAGAACUUCACUAUUCGGAUUUCAUGUCAAGAUCAUUGCUUCAAGGUGGCUGUGAAUGAGCAAGACCAGUUUGAGUAUAAGCAUCGUGUUCAAAACCUGCAGCAGAUUGACACUCUGGAAAUUACAGGUGACGUUACCGUGACCGAUGUCCAAAUCUGAAGUUUACAGGGCAGUAAACUGUGAGCUUCUCCUUGCCUCCUACAAUGAGCAAAGUCAGCUGCUUGCCUUCUACAAUGAGCCACAGGCUACAGAAUUUACCAGAUCAUAUGUAAUCAAGUAGAUCUCCCUUGUACAAAAGGCUUUGGCAAAUGUUACCAACCGAUUUUCUUCGCAUUUUUUAAUAUCAGCUUGUAUUUUUUGCCCUAUUUGAUUAUGGGACCUUCCCUUCUGUUCAGAAAGGAUUGGUAAUUUUAAGCUUUUUACUAUACUCUAUUUUCCUUAACUUUGUAUGCAAAUAAUAACUUUUUUAUUAAACUUGUUAAUAUAAACUCAGGUGAGCACGUUGGUUUCUUUUGAAGCAGUUAAUAAAAACUUCUAUUCCCUCUUA